GGCGGCGAGUUCCGCAAGGUCGCCCUCCAGUUCCCUGACGAGCUCCUGGCGGACGCGGCGGCAGUGGCGGCCCGGAUGGAGGCGGCGACCGGGGCCGAGAUGUACAUCCUGGGAGACACUACAUACGGCAGCUGCUGUGUGGACGAAGUGGCCGCCGAGCACGCAGGUGCCGAGGCGGUGCUGCACUACGGUCCGGCCUGCCUCAGCCCCUGCAGAAAGCUCCCGGUGCUGCACAUCUUCGGGCAGCAGCCCCUGGACAUCGGGUGUUGCGUGGAGGCUUUCCGGGAGCUCUACCCUGACCGGCAGAGUCACGUUGUGGUGCUGAACGAUGUGAUCUAUGCCCAUGCAAUGGGUGAGCUGGAACAGCAGUUGUGCCCUGAAUACCCUAAUAUUGUCUUCUCCAGGGUGGUGUGUGGGGACCCUCCUGGUCCCACACUGCCCCGGGACGUGCGGCAGUUUGGUCGCCAGUUCUCAGUGGAUGCACCGGGAGGGCUGCAGGACUAUGCCAUGUUCUACGUGGGAGCCGAGGGCCUGGCCCUCACCAGCUUCAUGCUGACCUGGAACCAGUGCCCCUUCAGUUCCUUUGACCCUGCAACUGGCUGCAGCCGCCACGAGACCUUCAACGUGAACCGGGCCCUGAUGCGACGCCUCUACCUGGUGGAACGGGCCCGGGAUGCUCGUGUGGUGGGCAUCCUGGUGGGCACCCUCGGUGUGGCAGGCUACCUGGCUGUGCUGCAGCACCUCCGGGAGCUUCUGCACAGGGCUGGCAAGCGCAGCUACACGCUGGCUGUGGGGAAGCCAAACCCUGCCAAGCUGGCCAACUUCCUGGAGGUGGACAUCUUUGUCCUGGUAGCCUGUGCUCAGAACUCCCUGUUGGACUCCAGUGAUUUCUACCGGCCUGUUGUCACCCCCUAUGAGCUGGAGCUGGCCUGUAAUCCAGCCCGUGAAUGGACGGGGAAUUACCUCACUGACUUCCGAGACCUGCUGCCAGGUGCCUGUGCACACGUUGAGCUCCCACCGGCUGUCCCUGCAGCAGAGGCUGUUCCUGACAUCUCACUGAUCACGGGGGAGAUGCGUGCUGCCCACCUCUGCGACCCCUCAGCCCCCCAGCAGCCUCCCAGCACCGUCCUGGCCUGCAGGGACCAGACACGGGCCCUUGCGGAGAUCAGCCCUGCUGCCUCCUUCCUGGAGUCCCGCAGCUGGCGGGGCCUGGAGCAGCAGCUGGGGCAGACCCCCGUCUCCAAGGCUGUGCAGGGGCGACGAGGGAUUGCUAUUGCCUACGAGGAUGAGGGGCGUGAGCAACCCUGAUUCGGCAGGAGCAGCGGGUGUGCAGGGCCCUGGGGGUCGCCUGCUGCUGGCUGUCAGACCCAUGAGGGGCUCACGAGGGUCCGGACCAGCUGCCAGCUGGCCCUGUACUGGAUGCGGCCAUGGGUCAGUAGUGCUGCACUGGGAGAGCAGGAGUUGUGUGUGUUUUUGGGGUGCCUGUGUCCCCCUGGGGCUCAUGGCCAGGGCAGUGGCAGGCCAGGAGAGGUCCUUGGCCCAGAGGGCUCCCCGCUCCAGGGCAGCUUUGGCCCUCCAUGGAAGGGUCACAACUUCACAUGAGCCGACAGCACCACAACUUGAGGCUUUUGUGGGCUAUUGCUGCUAACUAAAGCUGAACUGAAAAGGACUUGUGAGUGAAUCGUCUUCUAGAAUAAAACAUGG